UCCGCGUCGGCGGCGGCGACCGGGGCCAGAAGGCCCCGCCCCUGCCCGCGCCCCGCCCUCCCCUCCCGCGACUCCCGCUCGGCGGCGGCAGCGACGACGACGACGGCGGCGGCAGGUGAGGAUGCGGCUGGGCGGGCGCUUCCGCGUCGGCGGCGCUGCUGCUGGCAGCCGCCGGGGCUGAGGUCGCUGCCAUGGCUCUGCCGGGCGCCGGGGCGGCGGCGGCGGCCGCCGGUGGCAGCGGGGGUCCGUGUCCGUUGUGGACGGCGCUGUACGACUACGAGGCGAGCGGCGAGGACGAGCUGAGCCUGCGGCGAGGGGACGUGGUGGAGGUGCUGUCGCAGGACGCGGCGGUGUCCGGCGACGACGGCUGGUGGGCGGGGAAGAUCCGCCGCCGCCUCGGCAUCUUCCCGGCCAACUACGUGACCCGCCAGCCCCGCAAUGGAGCGGCGGCGGGGGGCGGCGGGCGGGGGGACCCCGCGGGGACCCUAACGGAGAUCGACUUCCAGCACCUGGAGCUGCAGGAGAUCAUCGGCGUGGGGGGCUUCGGGAAGGUGUACCGGGCCACCUGGCGGGGCCGCGAGGUGGCCGUGAAGGCGGCACGGCAGGACCCCGACCAGGACAUCACGGCCACGGCGGAGAGCGUGCGGCAGGAGGCCAAGCUCUUCUCCAUGCUGCGGCACCCCAACAUCAUCGCCCUGCACGGGGUCUGUCUGCGGGAGCCAAACCUCUGCCUCGUCAUGGAGUUCGCCCGCGGCGGAUCCCUCAACAGGGCCCUGGCCGCCGCCCCCGGGGCCGCAGCCGCCCGCGGGGGCCGCCGCAUCCCCCCGCACAUCUUGGUGAACUGGGCGGUGCAGAUCGCCCGCGGCAUGCUCUACCUGCACGACGAGGCCAUCGUCCCCAUCCUGCACCGGGACCUCAAGUCGAGCAACAUUUUAUUGCUAGAGAAGGUGGAGCAUGAUGACAUUUGUAAUAAAACUCUGAAGAUUACAGACUUCGGUCUGGCUAGAGAGUGGCACAGAACAACCAAAAUGAGUGCAGCCGGAACUUAUGCAUGGAUGGCUCCAGAAGUUAUCAAGUCCUCCAUGUUUUCUAAAGGAAGUGAUAUUUGGAGUUAUGGAGUGUUGCUGUGGGAACUGCUUACAGGAGAAGUUCCUUACCGUGGCAUAGAUGGCCUCACUGUGGCUUAUGGAGUAGCUGUCAAUAAGCUUACUUUGCCCAUUCCAUCCACCUGCCCUGAACCAUUUGCAAAACUAAUGAAAGAAUGCUGGGAGCAGGACCCUCAUAUCCGGCCAUCGUUUGCCUUAAUUCUUGAACAGCUUACUGCCAUUGAAGGGGCAGUUAUGACUGAAAUGCCUCAAGAGUCUUUCCACUCCAUGCAAGAUGAUUGGAAAUUGGAAAUUCAGCAGAUAUUUAAUGAAUUGAGGACCAAGGAAAAAGAGCUUCGAUCCCGAGAAGAGGAGUUGACAAGAGCAGCUCUUCAGCAAAAAUCUCAAGAAGAAUUACUGAAGCGCCGUGAGCAGCAGUUAGCGGAACGCGAGAUCGAUGUACUGGAGCGUGAGCUGAAUAUCAUGAUAUUCCAGUUAAACCAAGAGAAACCCAAUGUAAAGAAGAGGAAGGGGAAGUUUAAAAGAAGCAGGUUAAAACUCAAAGAUGGACACAGAAUUAGUUUGCCUUCAGAUUUCCAGCACAAAAUAACAGUGCAGGCAUCUCCCAAUCUGGAUAAGAGGAGGAGUUUAAACAGUAACAGCUCUAGCCCAUCAAGUAGCCCCACAAUAAUUCCUCGUCUUCGAGCUAUACAAUUGAUUCAAAAAAAAGAUACACACACAGCUAAUGGCCGAAGAAACAGUGUAUAUGUGUACCAGCAAGAUGUAGAUAUCACAAGUGAAUAUGAACUUCCCUGUGGGAUUAUGAAAAAAGGCAAGAUUUCGUUAUGUUUCCAAGUAACUUCAGAUGAAAGCAACAGAACUUGGGGAAGGAGCACAACAUAUCACCAAGAAGAGUUUGAAGAUGUGAAGAGGAAUUUUAAAAAGAAAGGUUGUACAUGGGGACCAAGUUCAGUUCAAACAAAGGAUCGUGCAGAUUGUAAGGACAGAGUAAGACCCCUUUCAGAUGGCAGCAACCCUUGGUCAACUGUUUUAAUGAAAAAUCAGAAGGGUGUGCCCUUAGCUUCACUCUUUGUGGACCAAGGUGCCUGUACUGAUAAGAAACUUAUCCCUGAAGGUUUGCACAGUAAAAGACCAAAGCCAAUUAAGUUGCCCAAUCAGGCCUAUAUUAAUCUACCUCUUUGGAAAGAUGAUCAGGGAGAGAACAAAGUAGAACACGAGAGCUUUGAAGAAGGAACCUCAGCUAGUUCUACAAACAGUACUCCUCAAAUGACACCUACGAACAGUCUGAGCAGGAUGCUGCACAAAAAGAUGACUGAUUCAGUGCUGUAUGGGUGUGCUGUCCUCCUUGCAUCCAUUGCCCUGGGCUUAGACAUCAGAGAGCUGAAUAAAUCACAGGGUCCAGAUGAACUCUUGCCUAAAGAUGAGAGGAAGAAGCGUGAUGGAAUAUUUCAGCGUGCUUCAAAAUUCCGCAGGAGUGCCAGCCCUACACGACUGCAGUACAAGAAAGAGGAAACAAGUAUUCCAUCCCUAAAUCCAGCAUCAGAUACUGUGAAUCUUCUCUCUAUGCCCUCCAUUUCCACGAAAUGCCUGCUUCAACCUGGUAGUGAAGAUGCUUUUCUAAGCACUGUGCUUGGUGAUAGUGGUCAAUGUAGUUCCAUGGACAACUUUUUAUCUCAGACUUCUGAAAGUAAGCGAGAACAAAGGAUACAGCUGGCUCCUAACACAGUUUCGACACAAUUGAAAAAUCAGCCUUUUAGUCUGGGUCUGAAACAAGAGUCUCAAAAUGUGCCAAAAGAUUCCUCCACAAAGUUAGGUAUGUUGGGUCACAGACGAACCUUAUCAGAUGGGAGCCAUUUUCAGACCACAGCUAAUGGAGUUGCUUCAACCAAUGAUGUCUCCAGACUCCUGGUCCUGUCAGUUCCUGGAACUCUGCCCUCCCCAUCUUUUCAACAAAGAAGCAAUCACAGUGGUGUUUCAAAUGAAAAGCAAAGUGCUGUCAAUACUAUCUCAAGGCCUAGACCUUCUCUAAGAAGUAAAAUCGAUGCAUGGCAGAUCAUUCCACGUAUUAUAAAACCAAACUCUAAAGACUCUGAAUGUUCAGAGGGCAAUGUAGAUCCAGAUGUUAACUUCUUGCCAGAUACUGAGGAAAGAACUAACUGCCAUAUGCCCUCAUUACUUGAUAUUGAUGUGGAAGGUCAAAACAGAGACUGUACUGUGCCUUUAUGCAGAAUGAAGAGCAAAACUUGUCGGCCAUCUAUAUAUGAACUGGAGAGAGAGUUUCUGUCCUGAGUGCCUUUCAGUUUAAAAAUGUUUGCUUCGUAAAGGGGAACAAAUAUAAAAUUCUUGUCUGUCUAACACUUUGUGCUGCUGUUUUUUGAUGUACUGUGACAAAUAGUAUCAAAAUUAUUAAAAUGGGCAGCUAAUUAAAUGUAGUAGGUGCCUUUUUAAAAUGUUCCUUGGAAUCCCAGCUAGUAACUCUAAAAGCACAAUGCUGCAAAAUUGUAUUCUAGGUGAACAUCGUAAGUAUAUUUUGAAUGAUUAAAGUAAAAUGCCCACCUUC